AUGGCGAAUAGAACAGUAUCAGAUGCGAUAGCCGUACAUGGAACAAAUCCACAAUAUUUAAUAGAAAAGAUCAUUAGAACUAGAAUUUAUGAAUCACUUUACUGGAAAGAAUUCUGUUUCGGUUUGACGGCCGAGACGUUGAUUGAUAAAGCAAUAGAAUUAACAUCAUUUGGAGGAGAAUAUGGAAAUCAAAGGCCAACAGAAUUUCUUUGUUUGACAUUGAAAUUACUACAAUUACAGCCAAGUAAAGAAAUUGUUUUGGAAUUCAUUAGAAAUGAGGAUUAUAAAUAUUUAAGAGCACUUGGGGCAUUUUAUUUGAGACUGGUUGGUAAUUCACUAGAAAUUUAUCAGACUCUUGAACCUUUGCUUAAUGAUUAUAGAAAAUUAAGAAAAAGAACAAACGAUGGUGACUUUGAAAUUGUUUGUAUGGAUGAAUUCAUUGAUGAGUUGUUAAGAGAAGAAAGAGCAUGUGAUACAAUAUUGCCUAGAAUAUUAAAGCGGUACGUAUUGGAAGAAAAUGGAGAAUUAGAGCCUCGUGAAAGCAUAGAGAAAUCUUCAGACAAUGAAUCUGCUACUGAGUCGCCUAAAGAGAAUAAUAAGAAUAGGAAUAGAGGUAAAAGUAGUAGAAGGAAUAGAAGUUAUAGUAGAUCAAGAACUUCUCCGUCAAGGAGAUAUAGUAGGAGCAGAUCAAGGUCACCUAAGAGAAGAGGCGGAGAUUGGAGGGCUGAUAGAUAUGUUCCAAGUGAUAAUCGUGGUAAUAGAAGGCGUAGGCGUAUAUCAUAUUCCCGUUCCAGAUCACGCUCGAGAUCAAGAAGUUAUGAUCGAUAUGAACCAAGUUACCGUAGAGGUAAAUCAUUCUCCUCUUCUUCAUAUCGACCUUCACGCCAUAGAUCUUAUACAAGAAGUCUCAGUAGAGACAAGUGA